AUGAAUGAUGGCAACAAGAUCCCAGUUAUUGGGUUUGGGACAUACGCUCCAGAAUAUAUCCCGGUUUCCCUCAGUGAAGAAGCCACUGAAGUUGCCAUCGAGGUUGGCUUCCGCCACAUUGAUGGAGCACACUUCUAUCAGAAUGAGAAAGAGGUGGGUCGUGCCAUCCAGAAGAAGAUCGCUGAUGGGACUGUAAAAAGGGAAGAUCUCUUUUAUACAGGAAAGUUAUGGCCAACGUAUCACUCACUGGAGCUGGCAGAACUUAAUGUGACACAAUCCCUGGAAACCCUUCAACUGGAUUAUAUGGACCUCUUCCUCAUCCACAGGCCCUUAUCACUUAAGGCCAUGGAGAAGUGUAAAGACGCUGGGCUGGUAAAAUCCAUUGGAGUCUCCAACUUUAACCGUCGGCAGCUGGAGAAGAUUCUCAACAAGCCUGGACUGAAGUAUAAGCCAGGGUGCAACCAGAUUGAAAGCCACCCAUACCUGAAUCAGAGCAAAAUGUUGGAGUUCUGCAAGGCACAUGAUGUCCUGCUGGUUGCAUACAGUGCCCUGGGCUCACACAGACACAAGUAUUGGGUGGAUCAGAGCUCUCCAUUACUUCUGGAAGAUUUGGUCUUAGCUGAAAUAGGCAAGAAGUACAAUAAGACACCUGCGAACAUCGCUAUUCGCUACCAGAUCCAGCGUGGAGUGGUGGCCAUCACCAAAAGUUAUAACCCGGACAGAAUUAAGGAAAACUUCAAGGUCUUUGACUUUGAGCUGACACCUGAAGACAUGAAAACUAUUGACGGGAUAAACAGAGACUUUCUUUAUGUGGAUAUUCCGCUAUUUGCUGCUCAUCCGGAGUACCCCCUGCAUGAUGAAUAUUAAGGGAAAUUUUGACAA